AGAAAUUUUAAAAAAAUGGCAAACUCGGGGUUGCAGAUAAUAAUGGGCUGUAGUGAGAGAAAUGGAGGAAUGCCCAAACGGGCAAAACAAGUUGGUUGUGCAAAAAAGUGUUCUUUAUUUUUGUAGAGAGAGAAAUGGGGUUUCUGGAGAGGAGAGAGAGAGGGGAAUAGAUGAAUGGACCAGAAGAGGGUGGGCUAUGAGGGGACAACAGCGUAUCUGCAAAAAUCCUUAAAAUUCGAUUCAGUCACUUUGAAAAGCAAGGAGAAAAAGAAGAUGAUGAGUAGUACUUCACAUUAUUUUAUUCCUAGAGUGUAUCACUUCCCAACAAGUUGUUGAUAAUAAAAGCAGAUUUUUUUUUUAGUAAGAGAAGAAGAAGAAGGAAGGAAGGCUUAAUUGCGAAGUAGUUUUUACAGGAUUUGGGUGUUUUGGGAAAUCAGUUCAAAGAAGGCACAACUAUAAUAUCCUCAGGAACACCCAAUAGUUUGUUGUGUUUCUCCCCCUCCUGUGGUUGUGCUUCGCUGGUCAAACUCACUAUUUUAUGGUCCAUUGAACAGCAAACUUGCUGUUCUUUGGCUGUACUCUUUCGUCCUCGCUCACAGGGAGGACAGUACAGGUUUCCUUGUAGAGGUGGAAAGUUGGAGUAACUUUUUUCACUCUUUCAGUCACCCCUUUCUCCUUGCAGUUUGAGUUAUUUUUGCUACUCUUGAGGGACCUUCAGGCAAGCCUUGUUCUACUCCAUGCUUAUUCCAUUCUAUGAGGUAUGGAGUUUUCAUCUUUCUUAAACCCCCACUUUUUCUGGUUUCUUGAAAAAAAAACUUUGGGCAGAACAAGCACUGUGUGUGUUUUCACACAAAAACUGUGUUUUCCUUACAGAUUUCCAUUCUAUAUGUUUCUUGAAAAACAUUGAUGGAAAAAACCUGGGUUUGCACUUUGCACCCAAAAAAAAAGAAAAAAGAAAAGAAAAGGUGUUUUCUUCAAGACUGCAACUUUCCCCCCAAGAAAAUUAACAUUCUAGUUUGCCUGAUAGUAAAUGGUGGGAUUGGUGGCAUGUUGUGUUAGGUGGUGAGUUGAGGAAGAAAAAGGUACUGAAGUGGUGGGGUGUUGUUCGUGUUGAGAUGGGUCAAAAGGUAGUGGUUCAAAAAAGCCAAAGCAGACACCACAUGGUGACGAUGAGGUUGAAUGAGCAGUUGAACAGAAAGAAAAGGUACCCAUGGAUUCACAGGUAUUGGCUCCCAAAGCUGUUGACCCUAUGGCUUCUAGCAGCUUCCCUGGUCAGCUGGGCCAUAUUCAGUUACCUAGACAAUGGUAACAAGGUGAGGAGGAACGAGACACUGGUGAGUAUGUGUGAUCAGAGGGCCAGAAUGUUACAGGACCAAUUCAGUGUUAGCGUUAAUCACGUCCACGCCCUUGCCAUCCUCGUCUCCACUUUCUAUUACAACAAGAAUCCAUCUGCAAUCGAUAAGGAAACUUUUGCCGAGUAUACGGCGAGAACAGCUUUUGAGAGGCCAUUAUUGAGUGGUGUGGCAUAUGCUGAGAGAGUUAUGAAUUUCCAGAGGGAGAACUUUGAGAAGCAGCAUGGAUGGACUAUUAGAAAAAUGGAUAAAGAGCCUUCUCCCAUUCGGGAUGAGUAUGCCGCGGUCAUACUCGCUCAAGAAACUGUUUCUUAUCUCGAAUCAAUCGACAUGAUGUCUGGAGAGGAGGACCGUGAAAACAUAUUGAGAGCCAGGGCGACUGGGAAAGCUGUUCUGACAAGUCCCUUCAGGCUUCUUGGUUCUAACCACCUUGGCGUUGUUUUGACAUUCCCUGUUUACAAAUAUACGCUGGGGGCUUACCCAUCCCAACAAGAAAGGAUUCAAGCGACUGCAGGAUACAUUGGUGGAGCCUUUGAUGUUGAGUCACUUGUCGAAAACCUGCUCGGCCAACUAGCUGGAAACCAAGGAAUUGUGGUAAAUGUAUAUGACAUUACCAACUAUUCUGACCCUCUAGUCAUGUAUGGACAUCAAAACCAAGUGGGUGACCUGUCCCUUAAGCAUGUGAGCAAGCUUGAUUUUGGGGAUCCGUUUCGUAAGCAUGAGAUGAUAUGCAGAUAUCUUCAAAAGGCUGCUACAUCAUGGGCUGCUUUGAUCAUUGCUUCCUUUUUCUUUGUGAUUGCCGUUUUGGUUGGAUACAUCUCAUACGGUGCUGCAUUUCACAUCAUUAAAGUGGAGGAUGAUUUCCACAAAAUGCAGAAACUGAAGGUUAAAGCUGAAGCUGCUGAUGUCGCCAAAUCCCAGUUUUUAGCCACUGUUUCCCACGAAAUAAGAACUCCCAUGAACGGAAUCCUAGGAAUGCUUGCUCUACUAUUAGAUACAGACAUGAGUUCGACUCAAAGAGAUUAUGCACAGACAGCACAAGCUUGUGGAAAGGCACUGAUAACGUUGAUAAAUGAAGUGCUAGAUCGGGCAAAGAUUGAAGCAGGAAAGUUAGAACUUGAGACCGUCCCUUUUGGUCUUCGUUCCAUUCUUGAUGAUGUCCUCCCUUUAUUCUCAGAGAAGUCUAGGAAGAAGGGCGUUGAGUUGGCGGUGCUUGUCUCUGAUAAGGUUCCUGAAAUUGUAAUGGGAGAUCCAGGAAGAUUCAGGCAGGUCAUAACAAAUUUGGUUGGUAACUCUGUCAAAUUCACAGAACGAGGACAUGUGUUCAUUCAAGUUAGUCUUGCCGAAGAGGCACAACAAAUGAGCGAAGCAUGCUUGAAUGGAGUAGGAUCUGUUCAAACCUUAAGUGGUUUUGAAGCUGCUGAUAAUCGGAACAGUUGGGACAAUUUUAAGCAUGCUGAUGAAACAUUUUACUAUAAUAAUAACAAUAAUAAAGAUGGAAACGAUGAAGACGCCCCUUCUUCUGAGAAGGAUAUAAUCACACUGAUGGUAUCAGUUGAAGAUACUGGAAUUGGGAUCCCUUUGCAUGCACAGGACAGAGUGUUCACUCCCUUCAUGCAAGCAGACAGUUCCACUUCCAGAAACUAUGGAGGGACCGGGAUUGGAUUGAGCAUAAGUAAGUGUCUGGUUGAGCUGAUGGGUGGUCGUAUAACUUUCAUCAGCCGUCCCGAUAUAGGAAGCACCUUCUCUUUCACUGUUAAGUUCCAGAGGUAUGAGCCAUUAAAUGGAAACAUUGAAUUGAAAAAGAGUCUUCCAGAUGACUUGCCCUUGUCGUUCAAAGGACUAAGAGCUAUCGUAGUUGACCGGAAGCCAGUUAGGGCUUCUGUUACGAGGUAUCAUCUCAAGAGACUUGGUGUGCAAGUUGAGGUGGUAGACAGCAUUAUGAAAGCAUCAUCAGCUUUAUCUGGGAGAAACAGUUCCCUGAUUUCCAUUCAGCCCGAGCCAGAUGUGAUUCUUGUAGAGAAAGAUGUAUGGAUAUCUGAAGAUGGAGAGUUAAAUUCGUUCCUAUCAAAUUUGAUGAAACCAAAUGGACAUACGUACAAAAAGAUACCACCAAAGGUGAUUCUUCUUGCAGUCGAUAUUUCGGGUUAUGAGUUUGAGAAAGCGAAAGCAGCGGGAUUUGCAGAUACCAUAAUUAUGAAGCCGUUGAGGGCAAGUAUGGUUGGAGCAUGCCUUCAUCAGGAAUUGGGAAUGGGAAAGAAGAUCCCACAAGAUAAAGACAGGUGCAAAGGAUUGUCAUUGAGAGGCCUACUGUGUGGAAAAAGAAUAUUGGUCGUUGAUGAUAAUCGGGUUAACCGGAGAGUUGCUGCCGGUGCAUUGAAAAAGUUUGGGGCUGAUGUGGAGUGCGCCGAGAGUGGGAAAGCUGCUCUUGCAUUGCUAGAGAUACCCCACAAUUUUGAUGCCUGCUUCAUGGAUAUUCAGAUGCCUGAAAUGGAUGGAUUUGAAGCAACACGUCGUAUUCGUAACAUGGAAAAAGAAGCAAAUGAGCAUGGGGCGAACGGGGGAAGGCCAGAGUGGCAUGUGCCAAUAUUGGCCAUGACUGCCGAUGUCAUUCAUGCCACGUCAGACAAAUGCCUCAAAUGCGGGAUGGAUGGAUAUGUCUCAAAGCCGUUUGAGGAAGAGAAUCUCUACAAGGCUGUCGCCAAGUUCUUUGAAUCGGGUCCCCCGCCUGAUAAUUAGUGUUCUGGACAAUUUUCCACGUUUGCGUCUGGUGUUUGCAGGUUAAGCAUUGUGUUGUUGAUAGCCAUAGCCUGUUUCAGUGUAACUACUUUGCUACAAAAUGUGUGUGAUGUAUACUGCUCCUGAAAUCAGAAUGGUCCUUCUCCUAGCUGUGUGUACAUUUUAAAGUGGAGAAGCUUAAAGGGAUUACAAUCUGACAAUGGAAGUCAUAGAUGUACUUAUUAUACGAUAGAUAUUCUUGUAUGAGGUUGCUAUUAAGGUUUUCCAUUCCUUUAAUUUGUUCAUUAGAACAUGUUCUUUUCAUCCUUCAGCAAUAGUUUAAUAAAAUUCACAUCACAAUGAUCACA